AUGCGCCCCUCGCCGGUCGACACGUUUCUGUCACUCUGGCUGCGCGUCAGGAGCCCCGCUGAUUUACCGGCGCUGCUGCCGUGCCUCGCAGCGGAGGAGGAGCGGCAGCACACCGCCGGGCUGAACAGUGAUGUGGAGUCCAUCUGUGCGGCAGUGCGCCGCAGGGGCGUGGAGUGGGAUCUCCUGCACGCCCUAUUCGCCUUGCAGCACACCGCGGCUGCGGUGCCGGUGCGCGCAUUGGACCUGAUGGUCAUUCUGCUCUGUUGGGAGGCGGCCGCACUGCUGUCCCUGCGGUGGUUCUUCGCCGCGUGCACGCGACAGGUCGAAGGGCUGCUCGAGCGCCGCCUGAGCGCGGACCCAACGCAGGGCGACGAGCACUAUGAGGCGGUGGUGGCGGACGUGGCGCUGGCGUUGUAUGGCCGGGACGAUGCGAUGCUGUGGCGCGUGGACGAAGUGCUUGGCGAGGUGUCGCUGCAGCGCGGCGAGGCGGUCCCCUUCCUGCAGGCCGUUGGUGUGCGGCUGGCGGGGGAGCCGUGCGACAAGGCCGCCGCGAACAAAGCCGUGACUGUCGUGCUGCCGCCGGGAGCGGCACCCGUCCCGACUGCGGCGGACCACAAGAAGUCGAAGAAGACGAAGAAGAAGAAGAAGAGCAAAAGAAAGGGCUCUUGCACAGUGAUGUAG